AUGUCAAGAUUGAAAAAUCUACAAUUUAAGUGAAAUAUAACCGUUCAUUAUUUAUGUGAGAUUUCAGUUGUUGAGUUGUUUCUCAAAUUUUGCAAAGUAAUUUUACACUUUGUAUGCUCAAAUUUCUCCUUUGAUAAAUUUUCCUUAGUCUCAUUAUGCUCUUCUUUUUCUUUGAUAAUCUGCUUAUUUGCCUUGGCUAAUUUUUGACUCAUUAUUUCCAACUUUUCAUAUGUCUCUAUCAGUUCUUUAUCUUUGUCGUUCAACUCUUUACUUACAUCUUCAAGCUGUCUCUUUAUUUCUUUAUUUUCUCUCUCGGAUUCUUCAAGUAGGUUCUUAAGCUUAGUAAGCUCAUCAUCUCUCCUUUUUCCCUCUUCUGCUGUUGACUGAGAUUUUCUCUCAAUGGGGUUGAUAGAUCUUUUUACCACAUCUACUCGCUUUUCUCCCUUUUUAAUUAGCUCCAACUUUUCACUCCCCCAUUGCGCAUCUAAAGAACUUUUAUAUGCAUCAUAUUUCAUUUCUCCUGCCAAAACUAAGCCCUCUAGUGAUUCAUUAUAGCUGUCAAUGCUAUCUUUCAAGUUUUCUGUCUUAUUCCUCAUUGAUAUCUCAGCUUUAUUGCAUUUAUCUUCAGCAUUCUCAUAAAAUUCACUGGCAAAAUCUACAUAAUUCUUUUCGAUCUCGAUCUUCUCUUCAGCCUGCUCAUGAGUGCAGGAUGGCUCUAGUUGACCAUAAUAAUGAUAAGUGGCAUUAUUUUGAAGAUCUAUUUCCCAC